ACUUCACGGCUGGUUUGGCGGACGGGAAGAGACAUCAUUGGGCUGCCAGGCAGGGAACGCACAGGAGCCACCGAAACACCAUCACAGUGACGAAACUGAUGGACUGAAGCUCGUCACCGGGUUUUUUUCUUUCCACUUCCCACCCAUCGUCUUCUCAGGAAUGGCUUCUGAAUGCUUGGAUUAAACACAGGAGCAGCCCUCCUGUGCGCGACCUGCCGUGGAAAUACGCUCAUCGCUGGAUGACUCGACGCUGCGCACACCGACCUCAUCGGCUCAUUUAACCCACAGACCGUCUUCGGAUUACUGUCUCUGGCAUCUGGACACAUCGGGACCGGUCUGCCGCUGAACGCAAACGUGCCUGAGUGUGCUUUUGCUGCCUGUAUAAUGCCGACACAUUUGCGCUUCCGGAGAAGGUCAUUCCUUGGGCUUUUAUUCCUCUUCUCAUUAUCCACCUCCGCAUUGUAUUUCAUCUACUCCGCCCCUGGCAUCGUGAAUGAGUAUGUCUUCAUGGUCCAAGCAAGAGGCAUUCAGAUUCGAGAGAACAUGAAAAAUAUUGGUGCUCAAGUCCUGGAGCAGGUGGUGAGGGGAGCCUACAGCAUCAAUGGGACAGUGAUUUACGCCUAUGACUACAACAUGAGCGCAAGUGACGUCCCCUCGGCCACAUACCUCCCCGAGGGCUUCACAUACCUCUCAUCCCAAGUUUGCCCUGAAAGACUCCCCUCUAUGACGGGUAGGCUACAGAUGAAUAUGAGCGAAAUUUCGCUGGCAGAGGUGGAAAAAUAUUUGCUGGACAGUGAUCAUACAAUGACCUCGGGGGGAUACUGGAAGCCCAAAGACUGUUUACCGAGAUGGAAGGUCGCCAUAUUAGUCCCAUUUAGGAACCGACACGAGCACUUACCCAUCCUCCUCAGACACCUGGUGCCAGUACUGCAAAAACAACGACUCCAGUUUGCCUUCUAUGUCAUAGAGCAGAGUGGCACUGAGCCAUUCAACCGAGCCAUGUUGUUCAACGUGGGCUACAAAGAAGCUAUGAAAGACCUGGACUGGGAUUGUCUGAUCUUCCACGACGUGGACCACCUUAUGGAGAACGAUAGAAACUACUACGGCUGCACCGACAUGCCCAGGCAUUUUGCAGUAAAGCUCGACAAAUAUUCCUACAUGCUUCCAUAUAAUGAAUUCUUUGGCGGUGUCAGUGGUCUGACUGUGAGACAGUUCAAAAAAAUUAAUGGAUUCCCUAAUGCAUUCUGGGGAUGGGGAGGAGAGGAUGAUGACCUCUGGAAUAGGGUGCGGUAUGCCAAUUACACAGUAAGCAGACCACGAGGAGACCAGGGACGGUACAUGUCAAUUCCACACCACCACCGCGGAGAGGUCCAGUUCCUGGGAAGGUAUAGUCUUUUACGCCACUCGAAGGAGCGACAGAAAGUGGACGGUCUAAACAACCUGAACUACUCUCCGCUCAUAUCCAGGAAGCCUCUCUACACCAACAUCACAGUCAGCCUGAGCAGAAUGCUCGCACCUGUCGCUGACUACUGACGUACGAACAGAUAGACUGCCAAAUUCAUCUGGGAAUCAAGAGUCCUGCGGGACAUCAGCCAUAUCUCACCAGUUGCAGCACUGCUUAUAACAAUUAUUUUCCCUUUUUUUCUGUGUGUAUGCAAGAAUGGAGACUCAAAAAUAGUAUGUUUGAUAAGUCACAAAAAAGUAGGGAUCUGUACUUGUUUGUGCCACAGUCCGUUACUUUUUUCAUCCGGGCUUAAAUAGUCUUUAGUCUCCACAUGCCUUUUUCACCAUUUUGGCCUUCAGCAUUCAUCAUUAUUUACCUAUUCCUCCAUCAUUGUGCUAGCUUAUUGAAACAGGCUACUUCAAAUGCACGCACUCACGCACGCUUGCAGCAAGACUCACACAGUGGUUACUAAUGCUUUCAUUUCCUUCACCCGGUCGAUCCACUAUUGCAGUGUGAAGACAUGUGCAUGCAGACACCGACCUUACCUCUGCGGCGGGUCCUGCAGGAGGUAUGCCAAAUCUUAAGAUGAUAGAGUGUUUUUGAAUCAUCUGAGAGUGAUGACAAUGUCUUACAAACUUUGUGUUACCGUGCAUCGUUCAGAAUCUGUGAUGACGUCGGAGAGCAACGCUCGCCUUCUUAGCAAUAAGCUGUAAUGUUAGACGUCCAACCUCCUCACUGCACAGAUGCAAUAGCACAGGUGCUAGCGUUUCCAUUCUGGACUGCAGAGAUGGAGUGACUGCGUAUGCAAACUUCACACUCGGCACGUUUGCCUAAACAAACACACGGCCUAUCACAGGAACCUGUGUGUCUGUCCCUGAGUAAAAGUGAGGGAGCGCUAUGCAAAUGGACUGCAUGCAUCCUGCUGUCAGAGAGACUUCUGAAAACUUUUACAUGAAGUACUUUGAGGUAUGAGGCUGGCUAGUGCUGAUUCCAAUCCUAUUGAAACAUAAUGGCAUUGAAAGGGGAAAUGAUGGAGGACAUCCGGGACCAAAAAUCAAACUGAAUUCUUACAUCACUUUUUGUAUUGACACUCGCUUCCUGGUUUGACGGCCAGCACACACAAGCCAGGUAGUCUGGCUACAAAGGUCCACCCACUUUGCAAACACAUUUGCCAAUAUUUAUGUAGCUUAAAAAAAAGGCCGCAGCUUGGCGUUUCAGUCGAGCUUGAAAGCGAUUUGAUUAAUUAAAUAAACAUAAAACAAACAUUUUUUAAAGAAAUUCUGAAAAAUAAUUUUGUAUUUUUAAUUAAAAUUACUGUCUUAAUAAAUUUCAACGACAAUACUGAUCAAAAGUGAGGCCUUCCCUUUAUCUUGUAACUGUUUUUUGUUAUAAAGAAAAAGAAAAUAAGCCGACCAGAUGACCAAUUGAAAAGGGUUUAAAAUGCGUCUCCCCACAAUGUACUGCAUAUGUUUCAAUGCGAUUUCCUCAUCAGAGCCUCACUCAAUAGAACGUGAUUAUUUAGCAGUUUCAAUUCAGGCCAGUGAGGUUUCUGACACUGUAGUAGCCAGCACUGAUAAUUAUCCCGUGAGAUAUGACAGUGUUUAUUAUCAGUCUGACAUCCCUGUACUGUAAAGAUAGAUAUAUAUAUAGAAGAUAUCAUUCUCCUCUCUGUCAACCCUCAUCACUUCAUUUCACAAAAAUCGCCUUGUAUACAUUUCUUGAGAUGUUUCUUUCGGGGGAAAUGUGUUUGGACUUAUUGUUUUGUUUGACAAGGCGGGUCCUUGUUUUAUUUAUUUCAUCUUCAAUAUGUGAUGUCUGGUUUUUAUUUUACUUGCAGUGGAUGUGUUGAUUUUAGUCGGUGAAGUAUGAGAGAAUGUGUGUGAUAUGCACUGAAAAUGUUGUGUAUUUGAUGGAGGUUUACUUCCCCUGAUUCCACAUAGAGCAGAUCUAAUGGCGGGACCUCUUUAUCUGCUUAAAUGAGCUCUUGCUGGAGGCCAUUUUGUGUGACAACCACAGGAAGAGCAGGAAGCAACAAGGAGCUUGUGGUCAACGUCUCCGAGCACCUUCUGUAACUGAAUAUAUAAUCAAUGUUCCUGAUCUUCAAAGCUAGUAAGAGUUUGAAAAAAGUAUUCACCAAAAAAUAUAUAUAAAAAUGAAGAAAUUAAAAGUGAAAUCAAGAUGACUAAAUGGUGAGUUACAUGUAUAUUGAGGGUGAAGAGGAGCCCUGACUUGUGUGAGAUCAGCUAAAAAGCUGUAUAGUAUAUCUCAACUUGACUAAUGGUGCAAGAAUGCUUUCCGCAUCUGAAUUCCAAAACGGCUUGUUGGGGCUUAUCCAGUGAUUUAAAACAAUAUGAUUCCAGCCCUUACAGGCCUGGUUCUUGGGAAGUGUUUUGAUAAAAAUGGUGAAUAUUUUGUAAGUGGUUUCUGUUGCCCUCUCAGUCACGUCGGUGCUCAGUGGACUUUGUGGAAGCGUUUGUGUUUGCUUUUCCUCGUGUGUUCGAUUGAAAUGGCUGGACCCCAGACUGUUUGACUGCCCUCCAUCUGUCUUUUUAGUUUUCUUUUUACUCAUACAAUGUUGCACUGAUAAAAAAAAAACAAACAAGGAUUUAGUGAUGAAAACUGGGUCUUUUUAAACAACAAUCAGACAACAAAAUCAUCCUCUUGCCUCUAUAUUGUUCAACAUAAACAAGCAGCUUUAAUGACCAACCUGUUGGUGACGGAAAAAAAAGAACAUAAUGGAGCGGAGCAAGAACAAAAAUGGAUUGUUGGUGAUGUAAGCAUGCACGAUCUCUGUUGUCUAAAGGCAGACCAAGCCUGCUGCUCAUCGUCCCAUCAUCUCUGUCAUCCAUUUGCCGGUUUAAAUGACGGGUUUGCCCCCUGAAGAGACCGGCAGCCUUAAAGGUCCUUAAUUUAUUGCAGUGUUUUUUUUUCACAAGUUUUUAUUUUUACGAGUGAAAAUAUUUAAAGAGCAUAUCUAGAGAUGAUCAUUGUAAAUAUUGUUGUGUGUAGUGUUUUAGAAAUUCUAUAAGGUCUUAAAAAAAAUCACUAGAUUUGCUAGAACCAGGCUUUGGGGGGGUUUUGGCUGCACAAUGACCCGGUGCCAUUGAAGUGCUUUUUUUUAUCAUUUUGAGCUCACACACUGACAUUUUGGUUUUUAGCGCGUCCCAGCCUUUAUUAAAAUCCAAAACCAUCUCAUAAUAAUCAGACUCCACUCACAAUCUCAGUGGAGUUCGCCAAUCAAGCGGCCUCCCGCUUUCUAAUAUCAGCAGACCGUAGAGAGUUCAUCGCCCUUAUUUCUGCUUGUGAUAUCUCUAUGUUCGCGUCGGCGUUGGCCAGAGGGAAGCACGCUAGGAUAUCGACAUGCCAGCCAAAUACACCAUAUGCUCACGAAGACAAAAAAAACAAAAACACAGGCACCCCAACCAGCGACAGAAUCCACUCCAUAUCUGACACCUCCCCUCUCUACCCUCUUUUUUGUAUGAAAGUGAACUAGUUAAAAGAAAUUUAAAAAUUAAGUGACAUCUUUUCUGAUUGUAAGGAGGGACAUUCUCCUUGAAUUGAAGCCAUUUAAAGCCACUUGUCUAAACUUGAUGUCAGCCUUAUGUGGAUCUGUUUGUGUAUUGGCAUAUUAUCUUUUGAUUAUUGAAAUUUGUAUGAUGGAAAUUUUUCUUUUAUACCAUCAUUGUAACUGUCGAAGUACACCAAUAAAAAAAAAAUGAAAUGUGUAAUGACACAGCAUCUGCAUGUGUGUUCAUUUACUGUCUUUAUUCUCUACCAGUCCGUCCAUCCUCAUCCGCUUAUCCGUUCCUGGGUUGCGGGGGCAGCAGCAGAUUCAGAAGGUGGCUGCCAACAUACUUCUCCCUGGCAACAUCCACUAGCUCCAACUGGGGAAUCCCGAGACAUUCCCAAGCCUGGGAAGAGAUAUAGGGCGGUUUCACACUGUGCGCUUUGUCUCGAUGUGAACAGAACCGAAUCGGGUUUUGGGCACAAACUCUCCACCGGGGUUGUGAGCAUCUCGCCUCAGGCGUUUUGGCGCUAGAUGCCAAAAACUACAUAUACAGC